CUAUGUUGUUGUAUUGUGUUUUCGUCUCUUCUGCGUCUUUUCAGUUUCAGUGUUUGUGUAGGUAGUGCGCGGUUCGGUGAAUUUCCAUUCUUCUUGAAUGGGUUCCUAUUGAUUUUAGGAUUUCAGUGCUCUCAAAAUGGAUGAUUUAAUUUCGUCCUUGUUGUGGUACAAGUUCAAGAGCCAGGAGGAGAAGGACGAAAAAGAUGAGGAAAGGGAAAUUAUUUUUGAACAAUUUGUUCAUGGGGUGGAAGACUUCAGUUCCCAGUAUGGAAGUGAGAUAAGUAUUUCUUAUACUGCGUUUAACAUACGGGGCCCUCCUUCCAACUUCCCAGACUAUGGAGAUUACCCGCAGGCCUUUGUUAUGCGUACCUAUGGAACCUGGUGGGAUGAGGCUCCAUCAGCACAAAAACCAUAUUCGGUGAAGGACCAUGAUAUGCUCAGCACAGAUUAUGUUGAGGUAUCAUUCGAGCGGGAAGUUCAUCCCUUGGAAGUGUCAAUAUUUGAGACGUACAAUCCCGGAGCUAUUGUAAAGAUUUGGGUGCGGUCACGCAAGUCAUGGAUCCUGCUGUGGGCAGGCGAGCCGGAGGAGGGAGGCGACAGCCCCAGAAUAUUCACCCCCCCUAUUAGGAAGAUUAAGGAGCCAAUCAGGAUAAUGAGACUAGAGUUCAACCACAGCAAGCUGACAUACUACACAGAGCUCGACGCAAUACUGCUGAAGGGCCGUGAACCCAAGCCUGAUCCUUCGAGAAUGAUCAACUUGGCUUACACAUCUCUACCUAACUAUAAGCCCCAUGUGAAAGGAAGAAUAAUGAGCAUGCUAAUAUCGCAUUCUCAUAUCUUAGACAGUGUGGUAGCAUUAACGAAGCCGCAGAUUAAGAAGAAGGUCAAUUCUGAAGAGUGUACUCUCGGCAAGUUCCAUGUUUUACCCGACGAGACAAUACUACACAUCUUGGGGUUCCUGGACUUGAAAUCCCUGUGCCGAAUGGCUCAAGUCAACACUCACAUUGGUCAUCUGGCGUGUGACCCCAGCUUGUACAAGACUCUGGAUCUGAAGCCAUACUGGCAUUGUGCGGACAAUGAGUUAUUAUACACGCUGCUGGAUAGAUGUGAACACCUACGUAAGCUGGACUUGUCGUGGUGCGGCAGCCACAAAAUGAUGAAGGCCGGCGAAGUUGGCAUGUUCAUAAGAACAAGAGGCCGUGAUCUGACCCACCUCAGACUGAAUUGUUGCAAGUUCAUCGAAAACCAUCUGUUUAUAUCUAUUAUAGAGACAUGCCACAAUUUACAAGAGCUGUGCCUACGUGCAGUAUGCGGUAAAGGCGAGCUGGACUGGGCCCGUCUGGCUGAACUGCACAAUCUGCGCAGAGUGGACUUCUAUAGGACCGACAUCCAGACGCUGGCCAUGAUCGAGAUCAUCCGGUGGAACCCUGGCUUGGAGCACGUCAAUGUUGGUUCAUGCAAGAUGAUAGAAUCCAUGGACGACGUAGCGACAGCUCUCAGCCUGCACUGCCCGGGGCUCGUCUCAGUUGACUUCUGGAAGUCGUACUCGCUGUCCGGGGCCGGCCUGCGCGCGCUCGCCCGCUGCAGGGGGCUGCGGGAGGUCGACGUGGGCUGGUGCAUAAACGCCGGCGGCUCCGGCGACUGGAUAUCCCACCUCAACCUCGAGUCGCUUCAGAAACUGUUCGUGGGAGCCCUCCGGGGGGUGUCCGACCGGGAGCUGACGCCUGUAGCGGAACGCGCGCGCCGCCUGCGCCAGAUUGAUAUGCUGGGCGUGCGGUCUAUUACACAGGAUGUCUGCACCAGGAUCUUAGCCGGAUGCCCUGAACUCCAACUGAUGGAUGUCAGCUUCUGUGACCAGAUACAAGAGGCUCAGGUGGUGGAAUGGCGUAAAAAAUACCCGAGCGUCGACAUUAAGAGGUCUUUCCAGUCCGGCAACCUCAAUGCGGGACCGAAUGCACCUUUCCUGAACCCAAGCUUGGAAUAAGAGAGAUCUUAUUUACACUGAUACGAACUUAGAUUGACAAUAUACGAACAAGAUAGAGGGCCACUUGCAC